ACUAUGGUAACGAGUGUUUGCGUCGCAACCAUCGUCUGUUCCACUGACUGUAACUUAGCUAGUCAGCUAACUAUAAAACGAGAAAAUCUUCAACGUAAGAGGAAAGUUUCAGAAUUUCCAAAAAUUAGUACCUAAAGGUGCUUCCUCCAUGAGCAGGUUAGAGUGUUUGGGGAAAUCCUCCACUGGUUCACAGAAACAGCUGGCAGUAGAAGUCACCUCUGCUCAUGCUGAGACACACAAACCCAAUGACAAAGUGGGGAAAAAGGCAGUCACUAAUAAAGCUAGGAGUCCUCCUGCCCGUGCACUGCCUCCUUCUGUACAGGUUUCUUGCCCGGAGACUCCAAAGUCUGGGUUUCCAAGUGGGGAAGUGCCGAAUAAAGACGAACCACAGGACCCAAAGGAAUCCAUCAACAUAACACCAAGGGUUGAAGAACAAGCGCAGUCGACUACAGUGCCCGAUGAAGAGCUGAAAAUGAAAGAGCUGAGGAAAGCACAGCCCCCAGACUCAGCAGUAACAGGAGGAACGACACAUGCUCGCCCAGCAGUUGAGCCUCCUCAUAUGCAUGAGGUGAACGGGGAGGAAGAACAGACUGAGGAAGAGGAUGUUGAGGAUGAAGACAUUAAGGCACCAGUGGAGCUGAUAAUGGAGUUCCUCAGAGCUGUGAUGGACAGAGACUUUCAGCUGGCCAGCAAACUGUGUCAGAUGAUUCUCACCUAUGAACCAGAUAAUCCUGAGGCCUCUGAGUUUCUCCCACUGAUCCAGAAGAAGCUGUUGGAGGAUCCAGAGACAGAGCAGAGCACUGAGGAAGAUGAUGAAGAAGAUGAGGAGGAGGAGGAUGGAGAAACCGAAGACUCUAGAAGUGAUGUGGAGUCAUCUCAGAGCUCAAGCUGCUCCUCUUCGUCUUGCUCCUCUUCUUCGCCAUCAGAUGAUGAUGAAGAAGAAGAAAAGCAAGUGAACAGACACAAGCCGUGUCCUCCUUCUCACAUUUGCCCCUAAAUCUAUUGUGCCAAUAUAACAGAGGCAAUGUCAGGUUCUAUCAACAGAGAAAAUUGUAUUUAUUUUAAUCCACAAAGCUGCUUUGCACAGUAGCAGCCUUUGUGCAUUUUGUAGAGUAAGUAUUUUUUAAUAUUUCACUUGCAAAUAAAAUAUUUAUUGUGGAUAAA